UUAGUGUGGUGCAAGCUAAAACACUGAGUUCCUUUAAAUCAGAGCUAGAUAAGAUUUAACAACUAUGAGCUAUUAGUUGAGUUCUCCCCAAAUGAGUUUUAUGAGUCGAAUGGCCUCCACUUAUUUGUAAAUUUCUUAUGUUCUUAAGUCAAGUUAAGUAGGUCUUUAAUGCCAUUUUUAACCACAUACAUUUAGUUCGGCACGGAGUUAAAAACCAAACCAUGUUUCUCUAGGUCCAAAGUACUAGAUAAAUUAACAUACGAUUAACACAUCACAGCCUAACAACGUACAGUGCAUAGUGUGCAAUAUGUUCAAACAUUGCAGGACAGUGCAAAAAGACAAGACAACUGACUUCGACGAGUACAAACAGCACAGUAAACCCAAUACUGAUAAGGUGCAGUUUGUUUGUGCAAGGAAGUAGAAAUAAAAUACAUAAAACAGCAAUUCUAAACAUUUUUAAUGGGAGAGACAAUACGAGAAAUAUAGGUAGAAAAACACUGUCAUUAUUCACUGAAGUUGCAAUAAGAUAAAUAAUAAUGAUAAAUAGUAGUCAAUAAUGAAUAGUGUUAAUGAGUUUGUACGUGUGCGUGCAUGUAUUCAAUUCAAUUUAUUUUUAUACAGCGCCUUUCCCAACAGAGUUGUCCCAAAGCGCUUUACAUGCAUGUGUUGUGAUAGGCCUACAUAAAAUAUUAGAGAGAGAUACAGAAUGGGAAAAAGGAAGGAAAGAACUUAAAGAAAGCCAGAAGACAACAGAGAAGAGGAACCAAAAACUCCCAAGUAAACAGAAAAAAAACCACCUCUGGGGGUCUAACGACGACUGGCUGACCAACCCCCCCUGGGCAUGCUAACAUUACUGAAAACGGAAAGGAGUGGACUUGCUUGCUAAAAGCAGAUCUCCAGGAAUUUGCAUCUACGGUGAGGGCAGGCUUCAGCAGCCAUGAACAGCCAGGAGGUGGCGGCCCUGCUGGAGGAGAGCAGACAGGCUGCAGCUGCUGGGCCAGCACAGCCCUCAGAGGAGGACAAAGUGGAGUUCCAGAGAUGUCAGGCAUCCCUCUCUGCUGAACUGAGCAUGCUCCUGGAGGAGGCUGUGGCGAUGAAGUGGCCCUUUGUCCCAGAGAAAUGGCAGUACAAGGAAUCAGUAACUUCAGAGGACAAAACCAACCUUCAGGAUCUCAUCAGCGAGCAUCUGCCCCAGUUACUGAAAUUUCUCAGGGCCAGUAUUGCGGUCGGGGACUCGCAGUUUGCCAUUUCUGUCGUGUUCCUGGUAGACCGCUUCCUGUACUGGGCAGAUGCCUCCAAGAAGCUGCUGUGUAUCGUUAAGGCUCUGCACAAGCACUAUCCAGCCACUCCCAUCCCCCCUCAGGUGGUCAUUCGACAGGCCCGCCUCUCUGUUAACUCCGGUAAAAUACAAAAAGCAGAGUAUAUCCUCAGCAGUCUGAUUAACAACUGUGGAGCGACAGGGCACUGGGUGUACCAUACAGAUAGUGAGCGAACUCUUGUCCAGGCAGUCAGUAUCCAGAUACGAGGGCAGGUCCUGCAGAAGCUGGGACUGUGGCUUGAAGCUGCUGAGCUGAUAUGGGCAUCUCUUGUUGGCUUGUUUGCUCUCCCUCUACCUGACAAAAAGGGCAUUGGAACAUCCCUUGGGCUGUUGGCUAGCAUUCUGGUGUCCAUGAACGACAAAGACUUUCAUGCUUUUACAACCUGUCCCCAAAUUGACUUGUCCUUCCUGAAAGCGAAAGGGCAUCGUCUCCUAACAGCAGCUGAGGCAGCCAAGAUGGCUGUGGUCUACAGCCAAUAUACCUCCCUUUAUGUGUUGUCCAAUGUGGUGACCCAAGGAACCUGCCUUCUGUCCUUUAGUUUUUCUCCAAGCUGUCCCAAGACACAAAGAGAAGUCUUCCUCAGCCAAGCCAAGGAGGCCUUUGAAAUUGGCCUACUAACUAAGACUGAAGAUGAGGCAGUGCCCAGUAAGCUAGAGCUUCACUUGUUUGUUAAGGCAGCCUUCUCUUUAGUUGUUACUCAAAGAUGGCUUGGAUCCCCAGCAGGGCCAGUUGGCCAGGCUAGGCAGAUAUGUCAAGAGGCUAUGGAAAGGCUACACGCCUACAGCUUGGCAAAUGGCCCAGACAAGGAUCGGUUGAGUAUGGAGAUUAUGUCCUUGGUGGAUGAGGUGAAAAAGCUCUUCCAAAUUCAACCUUUCUUAAACUCAGAUGAGAGGUCCUUCAUUCCCAAUAGCUAUAAAUCCAUGGAGGAAGUCCCUGUAAAGUUUUCAAUGGCAAAUUUCUCUGAAGUUAUAGGGAGGUUCAGUCAGUACCAUGCCUCAGUUUGUGAUGCCUUUGCCACGUCAGGCAAUCAAGGUAAGAGUGGGUGUAAGGGCUCGUAUGGGCCUUGCAUCACAGCAUUGAAGACGGUCACAGAAACCCCUGACACAGCAUGUGCUUUGGGGAACCACUCAGAUUUGAGAAAACCUGAGGGAUCUCCAACCAAUAGUUGGGGGAAACAGAGAGAACAGAGGGAUAACAUGGGGAAGAAUGGAGGGAGCUCCAGGGCUUGCUUACUGCCGUCAAGAAAAUAUGCUUCCUCUACUUAUCUAAGAGCUCCACAGUAUCAGGGGUUCAGCUCUACUACUCUUGUCGAUGCACAGUGUCCCACAGAAGAUGGUGAAAAGGUGUGGCAAAAUAGCAGUAUUGAAUCAAUAACCUCUGGAAUGACUAGUACAGAUAAAGCAAGAGAGGCAGAUAAGUACAGAGAAAGGCCAGGAUCAUCUACCAGCUCCCUUGGUGAUAGCUGGGGUUCACUCUCCUCUUGGCAGAAGGCAUCACUCUCCGAUACAAGCUCUUCACAUUGCAUGGGAGGGGUCAGUGAGGAGGAAUUUACUUCUCUAUAUGCAGUGGGAGUGGAUGGAAGGAUUGAUAUGAACUGUCCCACAAUGUUCACUGAAGAGAAUGAACAGAUAGGCUGGACUGAAAUCACAGCACCUGAUAGUCUGGUGGUAGGUGGCAUGAAAAGCCUGGCUGGUGAACUGAUGAAUUUUUCCAGCUGUAAUACUGGUUCACUGUCUUCGUGGCAAACUCCGUGUCUACUGGAAAACGGGCAUAAGGACAUUCAAGGGCAUGUCAGGUUACGAAGUACAGAUAAUCUGGAAUGGGAAGUUGACAUGCUCUGCCCCACAGAACCUGUCAGAGAACUAGAGCAAUCUAAACAGCAUGGGAACAGUGUCAACGAAAGUGACAUCUGGCAACUGGAAGGGUGCAAUGAGAGGCUGAAGUCAUCCUCUAGCUCUCUUGGUGACAGCUGGGGUUCACUAUCUUCCUGGCAUAAAAUAUCACCCUUUGACAACAGUUCUUCACUUACCAAGAAUGGGGGUAGCAGUCAAAUUGCAGAAGGACUGGAUGAGAGGGCAUUUAUGAGUUGUCUCACAGAAUCAGAUGAGUUGGACAAACAGAGUGGCUGGACUGAAAACAAGAGAAAUUGUGGACCUAUUGGAUCAGAAAAAGUGAAACCAAAACAGCCAGGUGAAAACCUCCAACCACAAACAUCUCCAAUGAAGGCAGAUGUAGGGGUUAGCCAUCCAAGCAUGAUCAAUCAGUCACUCCCUUCAGUUAACUUAUCCAAGAGCGUGGCACCCCACACAGGUCAAGUGCUGCUUAGUCAGCACCAAGGACCUAAAUACCCGUUGGUCAAAGGAUUAGGUGUCUGGAGUGGCUUCAGUGGACUGCAUGCAGUUGAUCCUGAGGCAGAGACUGAGGAUAACAUGCCUCCAGAUUGCCUCUUCCAAAGUUCACCUGUCAUAGUCCAUGCAGGUGCCUGCCCGGAAGCAUCUCCUUCAACAGACACAGAAAACUCUUUUGUCAUCACAGGGGAUGAAAAGAGUGAAGGGGACAUUGGAUGGCCACAUUUGAAUAACAGAAAGCCCUUGAUAAAUAGCAGUCCGUCUUGUAUGCAUUGUCUUUGCCAGUGCAUGAUGGCUAGUGAAGUCCAUGGGCAACUCUGUACACUAACUGAGCAAGACUACAAAUCGUUGAUGUCAGGAGUGUGUCAUGAUUGUCUUUUACACAGACUGAACAACACAGGGAUAUUCAAACUAAAAAAAUUCAACAGCGUCUACAGUGCACUGCUUUUGAAGUACUCUAAGGUGGCAGGCUUGUGGACGGCAUGGGAGACUGAGGUCUACGUUGGAGAUUCUAUGAGCAAACAAGGCAUGCAGAGAACUGCAUUCUGGGUACAGUUUCUACACCAGGAGGAGAUGCUGGGCUGUUAUGUUGGGAAGGAAUACCUCACAGCGAAAGAGCUGCAUUAUCACCUCAAUGAUGUGGAAAGGCAGAUGACAGCACAGCAUUAUGUGACAGAGUUCAACAAGAGGUUGUAUGAGAAAAGGAUUGAAAUGCAGAUUUUCUUCAUUCCCUCUGAAGUGUUGUUGAUUUUGGAAGGCAACGUCAUUGUGGGCUGCAUGACAGUGGAGCCGUAUAUGCUGGGAGAAUUUGUGAAGCUGACCAACAACACAACGAAAGUGGUUCGAGAUUAUAAAGCCACAGACUAUGCCAUUGCCUUUGGCCAUUUUUCCUUUGAAUUCUCUGGUGGCACAGAAAUUGUUGUAGAUCUUCAAGGUUGGGUGACAGCAAAUGGAAAGGGGCUGACCUACCUAACAGACCCUCAGAUCCAUUCCCUCAGGGCAGCUGGCAGCAGGAUGAACUUUGGAGAGAGGGGCAUCAGAAACUUUCUGGAGGCUCAGCAUGGACCCAAGUGCAAUGACAUCUGCAGCAGGUUGGCUCUUGACUGUCUAGGAAGCCCUGGGAAGGCUGGUGGUUUUACAGUUAAGGAGCAGGAAUUAUAAGCAGAAGAGUAAGGGAAGGCAUCUGUAGUACUUUUCAACUUGAUAAUUAUUUUGCUAAUCCCUUCAGUACCGGUUCUAUUAAUGAGGGAGUGUGUGACCUUGUAUCUAGAUGCUUGACAAGCAGUACUGGUUUCCCCCAGUGCUUACUCUCCCCAGUGCUCGUCUGCCUAUACACACAACUACACUUUUAAUGACCCCUCAGUCAAACCCCUGAAGUUAUCAGAUAACACCAUAGUCAUUGGUCUCAUCAAAGAGGACACUGUCUUUCUACAAAUUGUGUUUUUGCCUACCCAAUGGUACUGCAAAACAAAUGUGGAGAUCAGCAUACACAACAGUGGCCUCCUGCCACUGCCCCCUCUUAUAAUACAGGGCAGCAUAGUGAUCACUCUGGAGACAUUCAGGUUCCCAGGAACCACAUUUUUCUCAGGACUUUAAGUGGACAAUCAAGACCAACCAGGCCCAGCACAGAAUUUACUUCCUAUGGCAGCUGAACACAGUAUGCACACACUGCAUCAAUUCAGUGGACAUUGGCAGAGAACUUAGCCUCUCCUGCAUCCAAAGAGGGCCAUUAAAAUCAUUUGACUCAAUAACUGCAGCACUCACAAAUGAACAAUUAUAAAGAAAUGACAUGAGAAUCUGUUUCUUUAUGCUUUGUAUAUUCUGUAACCAGUGGUCGAUUUGUAAAAGUACCUCGGGGGGGAUUUGGGGGUCCUCCAUGAUAAAAUUUGCUGAGCAGAUUGUGUUUCAGAAGAGAGUUCACCUGUUGAGUACCCUGAUAUAGCUGGUAGAUUUCCAUUAGCAUGAAUGAAAUUACACAAAACAGUUUAGGGGGAUGGUGAGGAGGGAUUUCAUAUUUUCAAGGGGGUACCAAGGUACAUAAUGAUACAAUGAGUCAAAAUUCUUAUUAUGAAGUGUUAACAGGAAAAUUACUGGUAGGCAAUAAAUUGCACCUAAUUUGGGCAAUGUCACUGAAACACUUGGACAAAUCUCAGCUGAAGAGUUCAGUAAAUCACUAAAAGAAUUAUGACUUACAUUUGUAAUUCACACUACGAUGGUGUCACUGUUCCCAAAAUCAAUAUGUUGGGAAAACACCAAACUGGCAAUCACUCCAAUUGAUCUUGGAAUGGAAUAAAUGAAAGACUCAAUAAAUUAAAGAAAAUGUAUUGAAUACUGGGAACUUCAAGUCCAGAAAUGACAGACCCUCUGAAGGAGCAAAGAAGCCAGACGUCGUCAAACCCAUAGAGAUGGAUGAUACUAUAGAUGUUUAAUUCAAUACUGAUACAAGUAUUUUAUGAGCUAGUAUUAUUGAUAGCGCACCUCAUUUUUAAAUUUGAUCAUUUAAUAGUGGAAUGACUAAUUUUAAAUGAUUAUCAAUCUGUAAUGGUCGGUGUAUGUUUAGCGAAGUAAAUCCCACUAAACAAGAUGUAUAAUACUGCAUUUAUUGCAAAAUAAAAAUUAAGAUCAUCUUAAUAUGUGUAAAAAAAGAAAUAUAAAUGUGUUGGGAUUCCUGCAUUUUUGUGAUAAGUGUACGUGAGGAAGUGAAGUUUUCGGGAGAAUAUAGCAACCAUAUUCAAGAGAAA